UUUGCAAUCAAUCAUUUGAAUUAAACUUGUGCAAAUUUACAGCGGUUCCUUCACUGCAUCGCCGUCUGGCGUGCAGAGCUACCAACUUGACGCACGCACCGCUCAUUUCUGUGUGGUUUUGUUUUCAUACGUCCAAGGCGUGCGGGUAUAGUUCGAGAGGGAGCUUGUCGGCGGAGUGUAGUUUUUGAUUGCAAUUUAUUUUCGUUUAAACGAGUAAUAUUGUGCUUUGUGCGGUUAAUAAAGUUAGGAAAAAGCGGAAUAAGAUUCAGUUGUUUGAUUUUUCUUGUUUGGUGUCGAAUAACUUUGAAAUUCGUGAUAAAAUGGCGUCAACACAAGUCUCGAAUAAGCCGGGAACCGGCUGGCCGCGGCGGAGUAGUCAAGGUCCUGAUGGCCAACAACUGAAUUCGCAUAAAGUUUCGCCUAAUCAAUCGGUGACCAUUAACCGUACAAUUAAUCUAUAUCCUCUCACAAAUUAUACAUUCGGAACAAAGGAACCACUUUUCGAAAAAGAUCCUUCAGUUCCUGCUCGGUUUCAACGGAUGCGCGAUGAAUUCGAUAGAAUCGGAAUGCGUAGAUCGGUUGAAGGUGUUUUACUCGUACAUGAACACGGUUUACCGCACGUACUUCUCCUACAACUCGGUACAACAUUCUUCAAAUUGCCUGGCGGAGAAUUGAACGCCGGCGAAGAUGAAGUUGAGGGAUUGAAACGUCUCUUGUCUGAAACUUUAGGCAGACAAGAUGGCAUUAAACAAGACUGGAUUGUUGAAGAUACAAUUGGAAACUGGUGGCGACCGAAUUUCGAACCGCCCCAGUAUCCUUAUAUUCCACCGCAUAUUACGAAACCCAAGGAACAUAAACGACUAUUCCUCGUGCAGCUUCAUGAAAAGGCUCUUUUCGCGGUCCCGAAAAAUUACAAGUUGGUAGCUGCCCCUCUAUUCGAAUUGUACGACAACUCUCAAGGAUACGGUCCGAUUAUUUCGUCCCUUCCACAGGCGUUGUGCAGAUUCAAUUUCAUUUAUAUGUGAGAGACAGCAACGAAUCAUCACCACCAGAACGAGCAACAACAACCUUCCCAACAUCAACAGUCCAACCAGCAAACUCGCUCUCAUUCGCAUAGCUACCAUCAACAAUUGCACGAGGAGGGCUACUAUCGGUGGCAUCGAUGAUUCCUGAAAGCAUUCUUUCAUAAUAUCAAAUGGAAUAUUGUUAACAAAAUCAGAAUUAGGAUCAUUUCAACCGUGUAAAGAUUAUUCGGCGAAGAUUAUGAAUGUUAAAAAGCGGAAAGAAUAAAAUCGAGAUAAAUUAUAUAAAAUAUUUCAAAUAGAUGUAAACUUGUAAUUUUUAGUGGAAAAGUAUCUUUAUUCACGUAAAUUCUAUAUCUAGGCAUCAGGUUAAUUGUGUAUGGCAAGAAAAAAAAAACAAACGAGAAAUUAUUGUGCAUUUUAUUUUUCUAGAUUGAACAUCUCAAAUGAACACGCCUCGAAAAUCCAAUUCCAUUUUAUUUUCCUCAUAAGUAGCAUUAUAUUCUAAUACAAAUAAAAUUUAUAAUU